AUGGGUAAUACCCACUCCGCCCAAGCCCCGCGCCGUAACAAAUCCUCCACUCACUCACGGCACCCCUCCUCCCCCACCACAUCUAAAAAAUCAUCCUCAUUUCGUCCUUCUUCUAGUAGAAUUAACAAUAAACUAUCAAAACCAAAAGUUGGUGGCGAAUCGCCCCCUGCUAUUCCGAUACCUUUGCCAGCAUCUCUAAGCAGACGAAACUCAAAAGCAUCGAUACGAAAUAUUUUACCAGACCGUGCCAAUUUAAAUUCAACAGAUGGCGGGACAAUACCAUACCCUCGUCCGCCAACUAGAUCCGGUAGUGUGGAUCUAUCACGGCAGGACAGCUUCACAGGAGGAGCGCAACAGGGAUGGAGUAAUCACCCUUCGCGGAAAGCGAGUCGGGAAACUAUAAACGGACCGGGUGGGCCUGGUAGUAGUGCGACUCCAUCACUUGGAGCCGUAUGGCUGGAAAGAAGACGGAGUCUUGUCCACGAUCCGAUGAAUAAACCCGGUUCACCGCCUACGAACACCAUGAGCCCUGUCUCGUAUAUUAGGCCCAUGACUGCUCCUGCGGUCGAAAAUAGCAGCUUUGAUGUGUCUCCACUGCUGGAACCAGAUGAUUUAAGGCCGCCUCCAACGGCUUCUUCUACGGCUAGUUUCCAUUCAGCACUGCAGAGUCCAACGAGGAUACAGCUUACGCCUUCACCUACAAAGUUCUUAAAUAGCCAACAGCAGCAGCAGCAGCAAGGUCAUACACCGCCCUCAUCUUAUAAUCCCGAACCUUCACAUGUUCCGGUAAGAAGACGCUCGCUGCUACAAGCCGCUGCUCCAGGUACGGCUACAAGACCGAAAGUGCAAGAGCCAGAACCAAAUGACAUGCUAGACAUGGACGAUAAUCUACUAUUCGUGCCCAAAUCCAGGUUCACAAAUAUCAACACCGAUGGUGCCCGCCCUGAAACGCCCCAAGAUCAAGGAACUCUAGGUAGCCUAAGAAAGGGGUCUCUAUUUGUGGCUAACGGUGCUCCAAGUCCCAUCCCAAGCUCACCGUCUCUGAGGGCUACUAGUGGCGGCAGCCAAAGGCCUAGGGACAGCUCAUUACUCAGUCUCCCUCCUGUUUCUGCAACCACUAACCCUGAAGCUGUCGACAACUGGGAAGUGGAGACCCCUCAGACUCCUACGAUGGCCGAAAGUUUCGCAAUAAAGAGAAAGCCUGUAGGGGCUUCUUCGCUUCCUUCUUCACCACAGUCUGGGAAGAGGCCGGUUAUUCAAGUAGAUACGAGUGCAUCCGCAAAUCCUAACCGACAGAGUCUACGGCUUGUACCUCCUUCGCCCGACACCGAAGCUCCAGAUACCGCACAAACUAUUAAGCCUCGGAAUCUGGUAAUCGAUGGAGAUGAAGAUAGUACGGAUGAAGAUCCACACAGGCGUCAUUUGUUCAACUAUGGUCUUCGCAACAAGCAGUUUUUGAAUGGACAAUUCCAGCCAAGUCCUUCCUCUGACUAUUCCAAUACGAAUCCAUCUGCGGUUCCCUCCGCUGCGGCUUCUGCUAAACCAGGGCUCUCAAGAUCUCCGUUUUCAUUUGAGGGUGCUAAGUUGCUAGACGCUCCAGAUUCUAAUAAGACAGAGGUCCAGAGUAACGAGGGACUUGACGCUAGGAUUAGUGCUGCAGAGCUAGAACAAUCUAAGCCGAAGCCUUUGGUUAUUAGGAAAUCUCUUCUACAUGCAGGAAUUGCUUCCCAAGCGGGCCCACCGACAAUUGACUGUAAUAAUACCACACAAGCGGCGGAAGAGAAACUCGCAACUAGCUCGGAUGCAUCCGAUGUCUCGUCAGACCAGAGUCAAGCCAGUCAAACCAAAACUGCUGAUAGUGGGUAUUCCUCAGCUGGAAGUGCUGUAUUACCACCAGAUAACCAUUCGAGGAAAGCAAAGCACCGACAAUCGGCACCCGAGCAGAUUGCAAUUGAGUUUCAUAACCAAUACCCAGAAAUGAGGCCAGCAACAAGUCAUAAUUCUGUGGGGCCAAACAUUGCAACUUCGGUUGUUAACGUCCCUUAUUCUUCAGUGAGGAAUAGAACGCCGCCUACAUUACAAGCCCCUCCCCCCAGAGUUUCGAAGAACAAAGGGAAGCAAUACCCGCCUACUCAGCCAGCACAUAAAUUUGAGAACGCUGCUCUGGAAGACGCUGAUGAAUCGGGGCAAAAGAAGCCAAAACGAAAAAGACGUCUCAGCUUCAAACGUCUAUCUUGGAAAGGUGACAAGAAGCCAGAGGUCGAGGCCCCGGAACAGAAUACUGGAGAAUCCAGCGAAGCUAUUACGAUUGACGAACCCGAACCCCCAAAACCUUCUCACAACUAUCUUCCACCCCUCAACAUUGGUAGCGCUGUCGAACCUGAACAUACACAGUAUCAGCUUCAACCACAACCCGAAAGACAACAAAGCUUUACUAGUAGUGUUAGAAGCGGGCUACAGUCUAUCGGAUAUGCGCCUGAAGCAGCAUCGCUCCCAACUUCUCCGGUGGAGCCGUCCUAUCAUGAACCUAUGGCAAUUACUUCCUCUACACCUUCGCGUGCAGUUCUAGCUCUGAGAUCCUCUGAAUCCGUAUCGUAUACUGGAGCAGCGUAUUACCAGCGCUUUAACACUCCUUCCCCGGUGCCCGGAAACGUCCCUAACACAGCAGCGCAAAACACUCCUUCACCUCCUGCCCCACAGCCGGUACAGCCUGUACAGCCUGUACCGCAGAAGAUGAAUAUUCCAGAACGGCAGCCGUCCCUUCCUCGACACACUACUCCACCAUCGUCGUAUAAACCUCCACCAGGCAGAUACUCAAUGGAAGACAACAACCGUCAACCACCCCCACUCCCACCACCGCAAGCGCCACCUCAACCUCAACAGCAACGUUCCGACAACAUGCAAGUACGCCGUCGCCCAUUAGGAAACUCGGCGAUUAAGUCUAACCCACAAUCACCGGUUUCAACGACACCACCUUGGAACUCUAAUCCCUCAGCCAGCGCCGCUAGCAUCGGAUCUGUCCCUCGAGUUUCAAGAACGAACUCUAUGAAUAGCCAGUAUUCUUACAACACCCAAAGCGGAUAUUACCAACCAAAUAGCAAUCAACAAGCCCAACGAUCCGACUCGAUGAGAAGUGGUAGACCAAGAUAUUCACAAAAUCACGGGCCUCAAUCACAACAAGGCCAGGGAUACCAAGGCAGCAGCCACAACAACAACAACGGGGUAUUACCAUUUGCUACAGGUCAGCCACGCCGACAAAGAAGUACAAGCUCGGGGGGGUCCGUGGGACCCGGUGGAUACCCCCAUUUAGGACAAGAUCAUAAUUCUGAUAGUGCAAUGUUUGGAAUGGACUUUUGGGAUGGGAUGCAGGUUAAACGAGCCAAUGACCUGGUGAAGAGUUACGGGAGUACGAAUCCUCCGAAUCAUAAUGGAGGUGGUGGUGGGAAUUUCGGGGGUAGUUGGUAUGGGCGGAGGAGAUCGACUGAGCAAGCUAGUGCUAUGGAGCUUCUGUAUGGCGAAAAGGUUGCGGAACGGUAUGCGAGUGUAGAGAUGGAAGAUGAGGGAAGGAGUAGAAAAAGAGAUAGCUUUUGGAAGAAAGCGGCUGGAUCGAUGGGAAGAAGGAGUAAGAGCCAGCAUCGGAGUGGCAAGGAGACUAUGGGGUAUUGA